ACUUAAUUUCCCUUACUCAUUUAUAUCUAUUUCAUCUAACAUAAUACACUGUGGCCUUAGUAUGGAUUUUGACGCAGACUUGGACGAUUUCUCUGUCAUGGUCGAUUCAACUAAUGUCCCAGUUGAACAUGAGACUUUUGAUGUUGCUCAAACAACGACCACUGAAGGAGAGUUAAAGCGGCUACUGCAACAGGCCCAAAACUAUGAUGUAACAGAGUUAGCAAACUUUAUAAGUGAAAAAUUGGUCAUUAUGAUAGGCGAACCAGACGAUUUGUAUCAACUGGCGCAAUCUUAUUAUAAGAGUAAAGAAUAUGAAAGAGCUUUGGAACUUUUGAACAAAGAUGCUCUUUUAAACACAAGUGUAAAAUUCAGAUAUUUGGCAGGUCUUUGUUCGAUCGCUUUAGGUCAUGCUGAAGACGCACUGGCCUAUCUGGGACGAGAAAAUCCUUUCAAAGAUACAGAUUCACAAGCAGAUUAUGACGCUGAAGAUAGAUUCACUGCUGCUGUAAUGUGUUUGGCCCGUGGAAAAGCGUUUAUGCUGGCUCACGAAGAGGCAAAAGCAAGAGAAUGCUUCAAGGAAGCCUUGAAAAUCGAUGUAAAAUGUUAUGAUGCUUUACUAUUAUUGAUUCAAAAUAAUAUGUUGGAUGAGAAGACAGAUUGGGAAUUCGUUGAGACUCUUUCAUACGACGAGCACUGUGGAAGUUUGGCCACAUUUUUCCGUUAUAUGUACCGGAUUAAAAUGAAAAAACAGACAUUGCAUGCAACACCUACAGAGAUGAAAUUGCUGGAGGAUAGCGUUGAUGUAAAAUUGAAUAAAGCGAUGAAGCUUCACCGGGAGAGUAGACUGACAGAAUGCUUCAAAGUUUGCGAGGAUUUAAAGGAGCAAGAUCCAUAUUUCAAGGAAGCGAUACCGCUGCGAUUGGAUUGUUUAUACAAGCUUGGUCUGAAAACAGAAUUAUACGAAUAUGCUAAACAUCUCGUAGACAAGAUGAAUAAGAGUGAAAUAGCAUGGCAUGCAGUUGGUCUAUAUUAUUUAUAUGUGAAAAAUAGUGAUAAAGCGCAACAGUUUUUUAAGCAAGCCCUGCAAAUCAACCGUCUCUUUCAGCAAUCUUGGCUGGGUUUAGGCCACGCAUUUGCUGCCGUUAAUAACUAUGAGGAAGCCAUUGAAGCUUACACGACAUGUAGCAAAUUAAUACCAGGUUCACAUCUUCCGUUAAUGUACCUAGCGGAGCAACAUUUAGAAAGAAACGAUAUACAGAAGGCAGGAGAAAUUUAUCAACGAAGCUUAGAGAAGAGUGAUGACGAUCCGUAUUUGUACGAGAAAUAUGGCAUGUACUAUUACAAAAUAGAGAAUUAUGAAGAAGCGCGAAAAUAUUUGCAAAGAGCAUUGCGUCAUGCAAAAAGGUUGAAAAUAGAGGAUGAAAAUUUAUGGGUAAAGAUCUGGUGUGAUUUGGGCAAUGUCUAUCAGCAUCCACCCUUUCAAAAUUAUCAAAAUGCGUUAAGGUGCUGUCGAAAUGCAUUAUUACGGAACCCUCGAGAUGCAGACGCGCACACGACCGCUGGCAAGAUAUAUCACUCAGAAGGGAAUUAUGCAAAGGCUAUUGCAGAGUACCACGAAGCACUUCAUUAUACGGAGAAGGGCAGUCGAGAAAUACAACAACUUUUGGACAAAGCUCUAGAAAUGCAAGCGAAAUCGCCAUUUAAGAAUCAUUCAGCUUUUGACAAAGGAAUAGAUUUUUUUCAAGAUUUAGACGAUGAUAUCCAAAAAGAUGAAGUUGAAUUAGAACUAGCGGAAAGUAGCAUUGAAGAAGAGAGGGUAGAGAAUGGUGACAUGGAAAGCAGGCUUGUUUACAAACCACCAGCUUUGUCGAGGAAUACUGACGUAUUAUUUUGAACAAUAUACCAACGCAAUCGUGAUAUCUAAGUAAAGAACUAGCACUAAUAAUGAAUGAUUACAUUAAAAAAGAAAAAACCAUGUAUAAUAUGUAAUUGACCCUCGCUAGUUUUGGGAACAUUAUGAAGA